GCAAGACGGUGGGUGUGCAAGACGGCGGGUGUGCAAGACGGCAGGUGUGCAAGACGGCGGGUGUGCAAGACGGUGAAUGUAUAAGAUAGCAGGUGAGACAUGCCGCACCCGCAACGAGCGUACCCGUAUCCAUGGGUGGUGCUACCUGUAUCCUACCCCGGUUCACUGUGGGUUGGCGUACCUCGGUGGUCCCUGCGCGGGUUUGGGCUCGUUGCCCGCGCCCGCCGCCGUCCUCCUCGCUCGCUUAGGCUUACUCGUCCCUGCUUCUUACGCGCCAUCCGCACGCCCUCCCACCUGCUCGGCGCUGUGCCCACGCCCACGGCGCGCUCGUCGGCUGCAUUUGUACGCGGGGCACUGGCCCUGUGUGCUCGUGGUCGACGUGUUCCGCACACCCCGGCCCUGUCCAUUGUCUGUCCCGUCCUGAGCUCAUGCGCGCGCGCGUUUGUUGGCCGUGUUUGCGUGCUGGGCGGUUGCCCAGCGCACACGCGGUCGGCGUGUGCUCCCGCACGCCCGCUCGUCCGCCCGCCGCCGUUCAUCGGCCGUGUCUGCACACGGGGCAUUGGCCCCUGGGUACAUGUGGUCGCCUUCCGCGUCGCGCCCCACGUCGCCGCCGCCUUCUGUGCCUACCGUUAGUGAUUUCGCUUGCGUGUGUUUGCACUCACAUGUGGUGGGCAAUUCCCCUCGCCCGUCAUGCCCAUCGUGCGAUACAUCGCCGCGUCGCAUACUCGCCUUUUUGCUCGUCCGGGGCCCGCGCGCGCAGUGCGCUUGUUGGCCGUGUUUGCAUCCGGGGCAGUCGCCCUAUGUGCGCCGUCCGCCUUCUAAGGUAUCCGCUCACUCGCUUGGCUGCUCGUCGUCUUGCCCGUCUACUUGCCCGCCGUCUUGCCCGUCUACUUGCCCGCCGUCUUGCCCGUCUACUUGCCCACCGUCUUGUCCGUCU